AUGGACGAAUCGCUUCAGGCACCCCUGCAGAAGCUUCACGUCCAACAACCUGAUAUCUCAGAAUGCUUCCCAUCCAUGAAUCCUUUCGAUGUCUAUCGCAUCCACCUCGCCAAUGGCCUUUCAGAGGUAACGGGCGUCCAGCCUAAGACUAUCUACCCUCUACUACAACGAACGACAACCUUAGACAAAGGUGAUCUUCUGCUUCCAGUGCCAGCUUUGAGGAUCAAAGGAGAGAGACCUGAUAUGCUCGCGAGUCGUUGGGCUGACGAGUUUCCGGAGUCCACACUAGUUUCCAAGCCCGUCGUUGACGGACCCUUUAUCCGCUUCUACUUGAAACCUGCCGCACUCGUUAAGAGAGUCCUACCAGCUGUUCUUCGGAAUCGAAAUGAGUGGGGCAGCAAUCCUCUGCUCGGGUUGAAGGAUGCUAGCGACGCCUCAAAAGGCCGGAAACGCAUCGUUAUAGAGUUCUCGUCGCCCAACAUCGCAAAACCUUUCCACCAAGGCCAUCUACGAAGUACCAUCAUUGGAGGCUUUCUCGCCAACCUCUAUAAGGGCGCGGGGUGGGAUGUUGUGCGCUUGAACUAUCUCGGUGAUUGGGGCAAACAAUAUGGGUUGUUGGCGUUGGGCUUCAAGAUGUUUGGAGACGAUACGGCCCUGGAAGAAGACCCAAUCCAUCAUCUGUACCAGAUAUACGUCAAGAUCAACUCGCUGCUUGCCGAUGAACGAAAAGAGAUUGAACAAUUGGAGAAAGACGACAAAGACACCUCAAAACUCAGGAAUGAAUGUCUAGACGAACAAGCCCGAGAGUAUUUCAAAGCCAUGUGCAACAACGAUCCAGGCGCCAUAAGCAUGUGGAAGAAGUUCCGGGAACUCAGCAUACAGAGAUACAAAAAGUCGUAUACUCGGCUGAACAUCCAUUUCGAUGAGUACGCAGGCGAGAGCCUUGUCCGAGAAGAGAGCAUGAAGAUUGCGCAGAAGCAAUUAGAGAGUAAGGGACUAGUAGAAGAGUCACAAGGGGCCGCAAUCGUAGACUUCUCCAAACAUGUUCCCGGCAAGGCAGGCAAAGCUCUCGGAAAAGCCCUGAUACGCAAAACGGACGGUACCAGCCUUUAUCUCACCCGCGAUGUCGGCGCAUUGUUCGAACGGAAUGACCGCUACGAAUUCGAUCAGAUGAUAUAUGUCGUCGCUACCGAUCAGGAGCUGCACCUCAAGCAAUUGUUCAAACUCAUCGAAUUAACUGGCAACGAGGACCUGCGUUCUCGGAUCGCUCACGUCAGUUUUGGUCUAGUACUGGGAAUGAGUACCCGGAGGGGAACAGUCGUGUUUCUGGACGAUGUGUUGAGGGACGUUGGCGAAAAGAUGCAUGAAGUAAUGAGGAAGAACGAGACCAAAUAUGCUCAAGUGUCAGACCCUGAAAGAACUGCCGACAUUCUUGGUAUCAGCAGUGUCAUGGUCCAGGAUAUGAGCGGAAAACGAAUCAACAACUAUCGUUUCAACAUCGACACAAUGACGUCUUUCGAAGGAGACACUGGCCCUUACCUUCAAUAUUCCCAUGCUCGACUCUGUUCGAUCUUGCUCAAAGCGGCUGUUCCAACCUCAGAGAUCGAAUCAGCAAAUCUCGACCUUUUAGUUGAACCUCAUGCAAUCAAGGUCGUUCGACUCAUCGCCCAGUUCCCCGACACCAUUCAAAACACUCUGAAAACACUGGAGCCUACUACUGUCUUGACAUAUCUUUUCCGCCUGACACAUGCCAUUAAUAGUAGCUAUGAUGUGUUGCAAGUGGUUGGGAGCGAGCGAGAACUCAUGAAGGCUCGGCUGGCCCUUUACGACGCGGCAAAGUCUGUCAUCAACAACGGAAUGCGUCUACUGGGUUUAACUCCUCUAGAUCGGUAA